UCUCUCUCUCUCUCUCUCUCUUUCUUUUCAAUCAUAAUAUGUCAAAAAAGUUUACCAUUGAAGAAGUAGCUAAACAUCAACAAGCUAAUGAUUGUUGGAUCAUUGUUCAUGAUAAAAUAUAUGAUGUCUCUACAUUCUUAGAUGAACAUCCUGGUGGUAAAAAAGUACUUUUGAAAGCUGGUGGAACCGAUGCUUCUAAACAAUUUGACGCGUUCCAUAACCCUUCUGUCUUGACCAAGAUUGCCUCUAAAUACUUAAUUGGUGAAGUAGGAACAGGCUCUGAUCAACAAGAAGAAGAAGACAUGGCUGAUCAAAACCCUUUGAUUGUCAAUGAAGCUUAUGGUGACAUGGUUCCCUUUGGCGAUCCCAUGUGGUAUCAAGAUUGGUAUAGUCCUUACUACAAUGAUACACAUCGUGCUGUUCGAAAAGCAGUACGUGAAUUUGUAGAAGCUGAAAUCAUGCCCUAUUGUCAUGAGUGGGAUGAAGCCAAAUCAAUUCCUAAAGAAGUAUAUGUCAAGGCUGCUAAAGCAGGUAUUUUGGCUGCUGCUGUGGGCCAUGUGGAACCCGAAUUUAUUCCUUUCGGACUUCCGGCCGGCGUUCCCGCUGAAGAGUUUGAUGCAUUCCAUAGCAUCAUUGUAUGUGAUGAAAUGUCUCGUUGUGGUUCAGGUGGUGUUGUAUGGUCACUUUUAGGUGGUCUAGGUAUUGGCCUUCCACCCAUCAUUCAUUUCGGUUCCCAAUACUUGAAAAAAAAGGUUGUCAAAGACUGUCUCGCUGGUGAUAAAGUCAUUUGUUUGGCCAUCACGGAGCCUUCAGGAGGUUCUGAUGUAGCUGGUCUUUUGACAGAAGCCAAAGAUAUGGGUGAUUAUUACUUGGUCAAUGGUGAAAAGAAAUGGAUCACCAAUGGAACAUUUGCUGAUUAUUUCACGGUUGCCUGUCGUACGGGUGAAGCUGGAUUCAACGGUAUCUCCUUCUUACUCUUAGAACGUAGCAUGCCUGGUAUUACCACCAAACAAAUGAAGUGUUCUGGUGUAUGGCCCUCGGGUACUGCCUAUAUCACAUUUGAAGAUGUCAAGGUGCCUAAAGAAAACUUGAUUGGAAAAGAAAACAAGGGAUUUAAAUAUAUCAUGCAAAACUUCAAUUCAGAACGCAUGGGUAUCAUUAUUCAAGCAAAUCGUUUUGCUCGUGUUUGUGUAGAAGAAUCACUCAAGUACGCUAACAAGCGUAAGACCUUUGGCAAGCGUUUGAUUGACCAUCCUGUGAUUCGUAACAAACUAGCCCACAUGAUUAGACAAGUGGAAGCAACACAUGCCUGGAUGGAAUCUUUGGCUUACCAAACAAAGCAAAUGCCAGCUGAAAUUCAGCCUAUUCGAUUAGGUGGUCCUAUUGCUCUCUGUAAAGCUCAAGCUACUCAAACAUUUGAAUUCUGUGCUCGUGAAGCUGCUCAAAUCUUUGGUGGUUUAUCUUAUACACGAGGUGGACAAGGUGAGAAGGUAGAACGUCUUUAUCGUGAAGUUAGAGCAUAUGCUAUUCCAGGUGGAUCUGAAGAAAUCAUGCUGGAUUUGGGUGUGCGACAAGCCACUAAAGUAGGCGCUUUUAUGGGUGCUAAAAUGUAGUCAUGUCCUUGAUGUUUGCUGUUGAUUUGAAAAAUAAAUGAAAUUUAGUGUUCUUUUUUUAAUUAACUAGCUGGAAACACCUUCAUUCCGGCGAGAAUUUUCUAAACCUAUGCAAGCUUCGGUAAAGGAUUCUUAACCUGCGUUUGAGAGGCCAUCCAGCUGUCCUCUGCGGCAGGCUGCAAAUAUGCCUUUAGUGUUUUUAUAUUCAAUUUUUUUUUA